CGUCGACUGUUCUGUCGCCUCUUUGACGACCAACUUCAAGAAAUCCUCCCAGCAACUCAAUCGCUCGUAUUCCCCGAAUUCACGAUACAUUGUCCACCGAGCAAUCACGCACGAUUCGUUGCGUUGUCGUUGAACGCCCUCGACGCCGUGAAAUCACAGGACAUGCAUAAAAUCCAAACCGUAAGGAAGAGUUAUUCAAAAGGUGAGAAAUCUUUACUUAGCGUGUGCUUGGCGCCUCUGUGGGGUACUAGCCCAAAAUGGCUUUUGCUGAUUGAAUUCAUUGAAUACUACAGACUGCAGGGUGUCGAGUAUUUCUACGUCUACAGGCAGUCUUUGGACACCUAUGGAGACAUAGUGCUGAAUGACUAUGAAAACGAAGGAAUACUAGAAAUAGUAAACAUCAACGAGACCACCAACUGCCUGAAGAGACAUCGUUGCCGACACGAAAUGCAACUUCAGGACUGCGUUUUCCGAACACGUGGUCGGAGCGACUGGGUGGCUACAGUUGACCUCGACGAGCGGAUCAGUGUCAAUGGAGAAUUUACACUCAGGCAAUAUAUUGAAUCUCAUGCGUUACCAGUCAAUGCUGAGCUGCGGUUUCGUUGUCGUUGGUUGCUACGUUUGAAGGAAACACCCGCUGACCCCAUUCAAUGGAGACUGGAGGGUUCGCGUGUUCCAAUGGAUGUAUGGCAUAAUACCAGCCACGUAGCGCCUCUGAAUCACACUACAAAAAGUAUUAUACAACCUCUGAAGGUGGAAAGCAUGGGAGUUCAUCAGGUCCUCCGUUUUUCUCCAGGCACCACAGUGCGUCUCGUUCCACCAGAGGAUGCCGUUGUUAGGCAUUACCGGCUAACAAAAGGAUGGGCGUACUUUCUCAAAGAGGCUGAGACUUUUGGAUCUUUCGAAGACACGUAUGUCGCCCCUAAGUUAUUGAAAGCAAUUCAGCUUGCCGUAAAUAAUAAAGUCAACAAAUUGUUUCCUGAAUCAAAAACCAAAGUGUCCAAGUGA